CCGUCGCCGUUCCAUUUAUGUUCCAACUUUUAGUAGGAAUAACCUAGCAAAGUGUUGAUGAUGAUGACAAAGACAGAGAUGAAGACAUUUAAAUAGUUAGAACAAAUAACGAGGUUGUAUCUUGAUUUAUAUUUGGUGAUUUGGGACAGUAAAUGUUUUGGUUUUUUGCCACUUGUGUUAGACUGUAUCAAUUGUCGUUGAACAGCAACUUUAUGUGGACCACAUGACAUUUUCCUACGUAUUACCAAUAGAAAGGUAUUUUUAAAGUUGUUUAUGUGUUUGCUCUGCUGUAGGCCUACAUCUUCAUGUUAAUGAAUAAUGGAAAAUAAGAAGUGUUCGUAGAUGUCCCAGACCAGUGUAAUUUAUCUUGUUUUUAGUGUCAUUUAUGGAGCCCAUGGGAGCAUAAAAAGUGACAGCGACAGAAGUCAUUGAAUGCAGUCCAACCUGUUUAGAUGAAGAUCAAAAUGAAAGGAAUGGCUGAACUCUCUCUCUUUCAUCACAUUAUUCUGCACUUUCAAAAACAUGUCUGUUUGACUCUGCCUGACUCUCUCUAUAUUAGUUUCAGUAGCCCAGUACUCGUUCAUAAUUCCAAGAUGGUGAAAUCCUGUGUUUGACUAAACACCAGCUGAAAUGACAAUCAGAAUGCUGAUUCAUUUUAACCACUGCCACUUCUUCCCUUGACUUUGGCUGUCAUGUCAAAUCUGUGUGUGACUAAUCGAGUGGUAUCUACAGUAUAGUCUACAGUAUAGAAGGAUCUCCUUCCCCCGAUGGAUGACGUGGAGCCCCUUGUGCCCCAGGGGCCAGCAGAGGAGAGGAGACCAAAUGGCCACUGCACCCGAUGCCCCAUCUCCAGCCAGAGCCCCGGUGAUUCCAAAGUGGUGGAAGACUUCAGGAGGAGGCUCAAGUACUUCUUUAUGAACCCCUGUGAAAAAUAUAGAGCCAGGGGCCGGAAACCAUGGAAACUAAUGUUACAGAUUCUGAAAAUUGCCAUCAUCACGUUUCAGUUGGUGUCUUUUGGAUUGAGUAACGAGAUGAUGGUGACCUUUAAAGAGGAAAACCUGAUGGUGUUUAAACACCUCUUCCUGAAAGAAUAUAAGGACCAACGUGUGGACAGAUACGCAGUGUACACCAAAACAGAUGUGUACGACCACAUCUAUUACGUCAUCGAUAGGUUUAUAAACCUGCAGAACCUGACUGUAGGGAACCAUGCGUAUGAGAAGAUAGAGGGCGAGUACACCCCUCUGACCCUUUGUCAGGAGUUCUUCAGGAAAGGCAGCAUCUCCCCUGGCAACGACACCUUUGAUAUAGACCCACAUGUAGACAAAGAAUGUAUUUCCGUAUAUCCUCUGGAGCCAUUGGAGGAUAAAACUUUGUCAAGAGACAUUAACUUUUCUCUGGAUUUUAAAAGGCUGUUGUCAGUAAACAUCUACCUCACGUUGAAAGCCAUCAACCUGCAGACAGUGCGCCACCACGAGCUCCCAGACUGUUAUGCCUUUAGUAUAAUUAUAAUGUUUGACAAUCGUGCAAACAGUGGGAGGAUAAAGAUUAACUUAGAAAAUAAUGUUGGAAUCAAUGAAUGUAAAGACUGGAAUGUUGCAAGCACUUCUGGGAAGAACAACCACCUCUUGCUGUUUGAUUCCUUCGUCAUCCUCGCCUGCUUUACCUCACUCAUCUUGUGCACACGCUCAGUCUACAAAGGAUCUCAGCUCCAGUUUCAUUACACUGCAUUCUUCCACACCUACUUUGGUAAAACUGUGUCCUGGUCUGAGCGCAUGGAGUUUGUGAACGGCUGGUAUAUUCUGAUCAUCGUCAGCGAUACACUGACCAUCGCUGGAUCCGCCCUCAAAAUAGGAAUACAGACUAAGGACCUUACAAACUAUGAUGUCUGCAGUAUUUUGCUUGGGACAUCCACAAUGCUUGUCUGGGUUGGAGUUAUCCGCUACCUGGGUUUCUUUAAGAAAUAUAACAUCCUAAUUCUGGCCCUAAGGGCAGCGUUUCCAAAUGUGAUCCGCUUCUCCUGCUGCGCUGGCUUGAUCUACCUGGGCUACUGUUUCUGUGGCUGGAUCGUUCUGGGGCCGUAUCAUGAGAAAUUCCGGACCUUGGACAAGGUGACGGAGUGCCUGUUCUCUCUGAUCAACGGUGAUGACUUGUACUCCACUUUCCAGAAGAUGAGAGAGAAGAGAUACAUGGUGUGGCUGUUCAGCAGGCUCUACCUCUACUCCUUCCUCUCUCUCUUCAUUUACAUGGUGCUCAGUCUGUUCAUUGCCCUCAUCACAGACACAUACGAGACCAUCAAGCAACACCAGAAGGACAGAGUCCUGGUGUCCCAGCUGAAGGCCUUUGUGGCUGAGUGUAGAGACCAGCCUGACUCUGGGAAGUACAAGAUAGACAAGGAACCCACCUGCUGCUGCUACUGCUUUGGAUAGACCCUAUAAAGUAGCCGUGUGUGUGUGCGUGUGUGUGCGUGUGUGCGUGUGUGUGUGUGUGUGCGUGUGUGCGUGUGUGUGCGUGUGUG